CCCAAAGCCAUUUGUGCUCUUUUUUUCUACUUGACUCCAGCUCCAGAGUAGACACACAGAGAGAGAGACUAGAGAGAGAGACAUGUACUGCUAUUACUUGGGAAGAUAAAGCGAUGGAUGGAAUUUGACCAGCGCCGGAAAAGAAAGAAAAAAGAAAAACAAAAAAAAGAAAACUAAUUAAUACCCAGCAAGGGCAACUCGAAGGAGAAGAAGAAGAAGUACUUCUGUUACUUCUCGUCGGAAAAACAAGUGGUUUUCCGAUAUAUCUAGAAAAAGCCAUGGCCGAAACCGGUAUUGGCCGGCUCCCGGGAAACCUAGACCCAAGAGCCGAAGAGUUCAGGCCAAGAAACCCGGGAAACCAACUCGUCCUCUUACCCCCACCGCCACCGCCGCCGCAGGUUUUCUAUCCGUACGCGUCUCCUUACCCCUCGAUAAGCGAAGUACAAGUCAUGCCGUUUUGCGACGCCGUAGGUUACCCUACCACCCACACCCAGCAGUUCCAUGCGCCGCCCUCGGCGGUGCUGACGCCUCCUUCGUCGGCGGCGGCGACGCGUGCGUUGGUGCUGAGCUUGGUGCCUAGGGAGGCGAGCGAGACGUCGGUGAGGAGGGAAUUGGAGGUGUUCGGGGAAGUGAGAGGGGUCCAGAUGGAGAGGCUGACGACGGAUGGGAUCGUGACCGUCUAUUUCUACGACCUUAGACAUGCAGAGACCGCACUCAGGGAGAUUCGGGAGCAGCACAUGCACCACCAGACCAGGCUCCGCGACCACUACGCUUCCAAUUAUUCCCUCCUCAUCAUGCGGAACAAUUCUACCGGGCCCGACAAUUGGGUGCUCCCACCGCCGCCGCCUCCGGCUCCCCCAUCGGCGCGUGGGCUCAUCUCCGGACGCGCCGUCUGGGCCCAGUUCGUCAUUCCGACCAGUAACGCCGUCCCCGAUGGCCACAACCAAGGCACCAUCGUGAUUUUCAAUUUAGACCCCGAAGUCACCUCAUCUACUCUCAAAGACAUCUUUCAACAGUUUGGUCACAUUAAGGAACUGAGAGAAACGCCACCGAAGAAGCACCAGAAGUUCGUCGAGUUCUUCGACGUGAGAGACGCGGCCAAGGCUCUUAAGGAGAUGAACGGAAAGGAAAUUCACGGCAAGCCUGUCGUCAUCGAAUUCAGCCGUCCCGGCGGUCACUACCGAAGGAUCAUCAACGCCACGACCGCGUCAGCUCACAAGAACCUCUCGCCGCCGAUUCCGCCGCCGUUGCCGCGGAAAUUCUCCGUCCGCUCGCACUUCAACAACUUCACUAAAAUCCCGCCUCGUUCUUACGCUUCCCAACCAGCCCAAUUCCCCGUCAGGAAAUCGACUGGGAACAAGAUUAUAAGCUCUAGUUCGAGUUCUAUGUCGUCUGUUGAACGUAAAAUGGCUUCUGUGAAUUUGGGUAAUGCUGCUUCGUUUUGUAAUGGAAAUGAAGAGAGGGAUUCGCGUGUUGCUCCUCCGAAAUGGUUUCAUAAGAAAAUCAUCAACUCUCAACCCUCGCCGUCGUCGCCUCCGGCGACUCAACAGCAGCAACCAGUGCUGAGGAACGUCAAGUCGAGAAAGGGCAAACAUGGGAAGAAAUUCGAUUCGCGGUUCCUAAUAAGCGAGGAAGCCAUGGCUGAAUCCAGUCGUAGGGAUACCAGAACGACUGUUAUGAUAAAGAACAUACCAAACAAGUACAGUCAAAAGCUGUUGUUGAACAUGUUGGACAACCACUGCAUUAACUGCAACCAACAGAUUGCCAACGGCGGCGGAGAAGAAGACCAACCCUUUUCUUCCUACGAUUUCGUUUACCUCCCCAUUGAUUUCAACAACAAAUGCAAUGUGGGAUAUGGGUUCGUGAACAUGACGUCUCCGGAGGCGACAUGGAGGCUUUACAAGGCGUUUCAUCUUCAACUCUGGGAAGCAUUCAACUCCAGAAAGAUCUGCGAAGUUACCUACGCUAGAGUUCAGGGAUUGGAAGCGUUGAAAGAGCACUUCAAGAACUCGAAGUUCCCAUGCGAGAUGGACCAUUACUUGCCAGUAGUCUUCUCACCGCCUCGAGACGGGAGGCAACUGACGGAGCCGCUUUCCAUCGUUGGUGGCCAAAACAAGCUUUCCAUUCCCAUUGGUCUCCCAUCGCCAAGAUCAGUCUCUUCUUCUGAUCAUCAUCAUGACCAUGAUCACGAUGACGAGGUGGACGGUGGAGAUGACGCUAAAGAUGUGUACUGUCAUGAUCAGCGGCGCCACAACAGUACUUCUGGAUGCGGCAGCAGCAGUCUAAACGGCGGCGUUGUAAGUGAUGACAAUGAAGAAGAUGAUAACGACGAGGAUGAUAAUGAUGAUGAUGACCAUGAUCAUGAUCAUCGAUCAAUACAGGAAGAGAAGUGGUCAUGAUCAAGUGAGCAACUUCCACAAGGCAACAACAAAUCUCACUCUACUCAUUAUAAUAGUACUUAAUUAUAAUGAGCAGUACAUAUAUCUGGCUUAGCAAACCUAUCCUACCCAAUGGGGUUUGUCGUUGAGCUCCGAGCCUGUGUAUCUCUCUCUCUAUAUAUAGCUAAAUAGCCCCCAUAUCUCAUUAUCACCAGCCUAAGGCCUCUCUCUCUCUCCCGCUCUAUUUCUUUCUCUCUCUAUCAUUCUCACAGGUUAAUAGCUGAUCGAUCUGACCACCAUCACUUCCCAUAUUAACUCUCUCU